CUGUCAUGUCUCUGUCACUUGUGCUCCCGUUCUCCUCUCCUACGUCUUUCGUGGAAGUCAGUCGAGCGAGUGAGUUCGUUCGAUCAGUGGCGUUGCGUUGCGUUGAGAAAGAACUCAUAUACAAGGUUCCUUCUCUUGGGCCCCAUCACUCUCCCUUGCUUCGACCGUCUUCUUCUUCUCAUCGCAAUCUCGUCUCUUUGGGAGAUCCUCUUUGAUUCUCUUCUAUUUUCUUGGCUUUAUUACUUGACCCAUCAUAACCAAUCCAAGCGUUCCAUCACCGAACGGACUUGAACGAACCGACGAUCCAAACAUCCAUGUUCUGAAGACCUGCACUCCUUGCCGAUUGAGGAUUGUCUCUUGCAUCUACAUUCAUUCGACAUUUCUACAUCUACAUCCAACCGCGCAGAGUCCCAACCUAGGUUUCACUCAACUUUCAAUUCAUCCAAUCCUUCAAUACUUCAAUCAAUCCGACAAUUUGACAACUCGAUCCUCAACUCGUCAUGCCUUCAAACUACGAAAAACUCUCCCGCCCGAGCGGCGAGACAAACCUCACAAUCCCCGAGAAAGCUGCCACAAAUGCGACCGUGACCGAGACCCCUCGCAUCAGUACAACAUCUACACCCCAAACAGACAAGCUCAACCCUUUCGACACCGACAUCGAAGCCAUGGUCACAACACGAACAUCAGACUCAUGCAUGCACAAAACAUCGAGCACCCCCCUGGCCAGAAAGACCGACUGCCAAGUUUGGCCUGGAAAAGAUCACUGGAAGCAACAGGCCAAGGCCGCAAAGGCAAAGAACCGCUGCACCUGCAUGGCCAAGCUCAGCCAACGCAAUCGAUGGAUCGUCAAGGGUUUGAUCAUCUUUCUCGUCGUCGGCAUCGCUGUCGGUGUUGGAUUUGGUGUCAGCAAGCCCCUCAACGCUCCCAUAUGGGGAGACAAGGACGACAAGUAAACUUGUCUGCAGACAAUAUUUCGACCUUGCCCUGCAUCGACAAGAAAUCGACUUGUUCGUUGGCAGGGAUUUGUUUCAGGACUUUGUUAUCGCUAGCGCGCUGAUUUCCUUUCAUGAACGGCGUUGUGGUGUCAUUUGAGUUGGCAUUUCUUAGGAGUGAUGGAUUACAGAACAUGGGUCUUAUUUUAUUGGGGGUAGACCAAGACUAAACUAGAGUCUAGAAUAAAGUCUCGACGGUGGCCGUCAUUUCAUCGCACAAACUGAGGUUGUCGCAUCACACGUGAAUACACACCAAUCCCCUGCAUCUCCACCAGAUCUUCAGGAACAAUAGCUGCGGCCCGUUGGUCAGUGGGGAACGGAAAGAUGCAGAUUUGUGAGAAAUCACUCUUGAUUUGGAAAUGGCAGCAAGGAAAUAGCCAGUCGAGGUUGGAGAUGCUGAUGGAGGGGAUCCACAGGUACCCGAAGCAUCCGAUGGGGAAUGUACAAAAGAUAUAACCGCCGCCGCCGCCACUGCAUUUAUUCUAUGGUAAUUUCGAGUAUCUACCUGAGGUAAUAUGCAUAUGUGGUGGAGUCUCUCAACUCGUGUUCCUGUCUUUCUGCAUCCACCAUUAGAGAGUUUCGGUGUCUCUGUCGCAUACGUUGUCUCGUUGCUAUGCAGACUGAUACCAUCCAGGCUAGAACAAUGAGCCUGAGAAGGACAAAGCAAGCCGAGGUGUGCAUUUUGAAGGUUGUUUGUGUGUUCAGUUGAUGGACGGGGAGAACAGAGCGUAUUAAUAGCGACAAAUGGGUGCUGUUCUCUGUUCAAUAACAGUCACUGUUCUUUGCCAUCACUGCUUGCCAGUUACUCUGCAUCAUAGUGUUCUAUGUUUGUUCACCACAAAGGAUGCUGUAGACGAACAAUUCACUGUUCAGCACACAAUGAAGACAAAGAAGUGAAUCAUUCGCACACAUAAGAAGCAUCUUAAAAACCUUCUGC